GUGGACUGAACGACAAGGCGGACAUCCUUGUCGACAAGGGACUGCAGAUGUGUCCGAAGAUCGCGGAGGUGCACGUGCGCAGCGACCUCGUCGACAUCUACAGCGGCGUCGGCAUGGACCCUAACAUGGAUGGCGAGGACCCAGCGAACGGCUGGGCUAGCUGGCAUCGGGAUGAGGACCCGGUCGGCUCCUUCAACGCCGCCCUCAUGCUGAACAGGGAGGCCUUCGAGAAGACGGAGCAGGCUCGCGAAGCUCAUCACUCCCUAUGGCGGCUGUGCGUCGACAAGGUGGUCGGCAUCAGCGGCAGCAAGGAGAAGUUCGAGAGUGAGAACGGCGUCUACGAGGAGAAGCCUGUGGCCCUGGACGUCGAGGACGGCACCGGCAAGGAGAAGUACGAGGGAGACGGCAGCAUCUCCGAGGUGGAGCCUGGCUUCAACAGCGACGUGGAAAACCUAGUGAAGCACACGCUCGGCGAGUGCUGCAGGUUGCUGGAGGAUGAAG